AUAGGAGACGGCCGGGGAGGGAAAGCCGCACGCGCGGAGGGCGAGGGCCUUUACCCCCGGAAGUAGAAAGUGGCCCGACGACGACAGGAGCCCGUGAGCGGACUGUACCUAAUGUGAUCAAAGGCGGAUCAGGAAUGACGCACCUUGAGUCACAGAUCUGCUCCCGUCUGCUCCUGGCACACUACGGCCAGAUCGUGGCCAAAGUUGGCACCCACCUGAUUCGCACGGGAUGCCAACCUCUGCGGCUGAUUGCCAACGACACCGAGACGCCAAUCGAUCAGGUUAAGAAAGCUCUCUGCGUCCUGAUCCAUCACAACUUUGCCUCCUAUCAUGUGCACAAGCGGGGCUUUGUGGAAUAUGAGGUACACUGUGCACACAUCAUUCUCAUCCUGCGCUACCCACGCUAUAUCUACUCAGCCAAGACGCUGUACGGAGACACGGGGGAGCUGAUCAUCGAGGAGCUCCUGCAGAACGGCAAGAUGACAAUGAGUGCAGUUGUGAAGAAAGUGGCUGACAGGCUGACGGAGACAAUGGAGGACAGUAAGACCAGGGAAUACAGUGAGACCUCCAAUACCUUUAUACGUUUGGUGCAGACGCACUUUCUGCAGAAAUGUGGGAUGGUCUCAGAUUGUGUGAAUGCUGAAGGACCACGACCUUCUCCUGCUCCCACCCUGGUCACUGAUGAGAAGGAAAUGUACACAGUGCCCAAUCUCAGCGUUGUUGGUCAAGGCAAACGCAGGCGAAUGUCUGAGGAUGGCUGCGAACCCAAAUCUAAGCGAUCAAAGCAGGAUCACGGGGACCAGGAGCUUCCCCCUGAUGAUGGCAUUUACUGGCAGGUGAAUUUUGAGCGCUUUCACCAGCACUUCAGGGACCAGGUGAUUGUGGCUGCAGUUGGAAGCAAACUGGACCAGACCAGCAGUGAGAUUGUCCGAACCAUGCUGAGAAUGAGUGAGGUCACCACGUCUUCCAGCUCCUCCCACACACAGCCGCUUUCAUCCAAUGAGAUUUUCCGAGCUAUUCCUGCUGGAUACAACCUCUCCAAACAAGUGCUGGACCAAUACCUCACUCUCCUGAGCGAUGAUCCGAUGGAGUUUGUUGGUAAAUCUGGUGAUAGUGGAGGUGGGAUGUUUGUAAUCAAUCUCCAUCGUGCUCUUGCUUCACUUGCACGGGCAACAGUGGAGUCCGUUGUACAGGAAAGGUUCGGAUCGCGAUCAGCUCGGAUUUUCCGACUUCUGCUGCGCAAACGACACUUGGAGCAGAAACAAGUUGAGGAUUUUGCUAUGAUUCCUGCCAAAGAGGCCAAAGAGAUGAUGUACCGAAUGCUGUCAGAGAACUACAUCUCCCUACAGGAAAUUCCCAAAACUCCUGAUCACGCACCCUCCAGAACGUUCUAUCUCUACACAGUCAACUUACUGCCGACAGCACGAAUGAUUCUACAACGGUGUUACAAGACUGUGGUCAAUCUGAUUGAUCGUCGAGAACACGAAACCCGAGAAAACAAGCGGCUGCUGGAGAAAUCACAGAGAAUUGAGGCCAUCAUGGCAUCGAAGGCGACUGGAGCAGAGGAACAGCAGCUCCAGGAGAUUGAGGAGAUGAUCACAGCUCCGUGGCAGCAGCAGCUGGAGACACUGAAACACAAUGUCAACAUGUUGGAUUCAAGUGAAAAUCAGGUUAUUGACCGAACAGUAACUCAAGAAGAGAUCGAAAUUAAUCGGUAUGAACUCAAUGUUUUCCGCAAGUAA